AGAGAAUUCCGGCGAACAUCCUAAGACUGGCUGUUCAUUUGUUCCCAGGAAGCUUUAGAUACCCUGUGGAAUUGAUUUCUUGUUUGAUCUCUCCUGACGGGAUGGUGUUAACCUUGCUGAAAGCAAAACCAGAGAGGAAGCUUGCAAAACAGAUUUGCAAAGUUGUAUUGGAUCAUUUUGAAAAGCAGUAUUCCAAAGAACUUGGAGAUGCAUGGAAUACAGUAAGGGACAUACUAACAUCUCCAUCUUGUUGGCAAUAUGCUGUUCUUCUUAACAGAUUCAAUUACCCUUUUGAACUGGAAAAGAAUUUACAUUUGAAGGGCUAUCACUCCCUCUUUCAAGGAUCUUUACCCUACUAUCCUCAGUCAAUGAAAUGUUACCUUAGCAGAACUCCUCACAGAAUGCCUUCAGAAAGACACCAAAUUGGAAACCUAAAACAAUACUAUCUCCUGAAUGCUGCCUCCCUUCUCCCAGUACUGGCUCUGGAAUUGAGGGAUGGGGAGAAGGUUCUGGAUCUGUGUGCUGCCCCUGGAGGGAAAUCUCUAGCUUUGCUGCAGUGCGCUUAUCCAGGUUAUCUUCAUUGUAAUGAAUACGAUAGUCUGAGAUUGAGGUGGCUGAGGCAGACGUUAGAAUCUUUCAUCCCACAGCCUUUGGUAAAUGUAAUUAAAGUGUCUGAAUUGGAUGGCAGAGAAAUGGGAGAUGCCCAGCCUGAAACCUUUGACAAGGUGUUAGUUGAUGCUCCAUGUUCAAAUGAUCGAAGUUGGUUGUUCGCUUCUGAUUCUCAGAAGGCUGCCUGUAGGAUAAGCCAGAGGAGAAAUUUGCCUCUUCUACAGAUAGAACUCUUAAGGUCUGCAAUUAAGGCCUUACGUCCUGGAGGGCUGCUUGUAUACUCUACGUGCACACUUUCCAAGGCAGAAAAUCAAGAUGUGAUCAGUGAAGUUUUAAACUCCUACAGUAACAUCAUGCCUGUGGACAUUAAGGAAAUGGCAAGGGCUUGCUCCCACGACUUCACAUUUGCUCCCACUGGCCAGGAAUGUGGGCUCUUGGUGAUUCCAGAUAAGGGUAAAGCCUGGGGCCCAAUGUAUUUUGCGAAAUUGAAAAAAUCAUGGACAACUUGAAAUUGGAGAUAUGCCUUUUGUGAACCAUUACAUUGAUAAGACAUGCCUGUAU